CAUCGGUGGCUUCAGCUCAGGCACCCGAAGGAACCAGACAGGACCGUUUCUAUUCAGCUAUUCAGCCUAUCCAAUCCACAGGUGUGGGACAGCUUACUCCCCGGUCAGUUGUUCGCCUGCACAUGCAUGCGGCUGGAACAGAAGAAUUCCAGGUGA